AUGGAUAAGAAGAUAGUGCGCAAAGGGCCGCUGCCUGGGGGUCGCCGGGGCGCGUCUGGAGCUGGCGCUGGACGCGGCAGCAUGCGGGCCGCCAGCCGAGUGCGAGGAGCUGCAGGGUCACCUAACAGCCCUCCGCAUCCAUCAUCCCCACCAGAAGGCUUGGUGUCGGCUGGGUCUUCUCAGGCUCAGCAAGCGGCACCCGCCGCUGGUGGAGCACGUCGCAUGCGUUGGUCACAAGCAAUGAAUACAAACGCACUGCGGGCGUACUUUAGGGCAAAAGGGAAAGAAACUGGAUGUUUGGCGUACCGGGCUAGGAUGCAUCGUCUUUUUGCUGAGCUGGAGCCAUCUUUAACCGUCACAGAGCAAAACCUGGCAGACCGAGUUCGGCAUAUCUUGCGCUCAAAUAUAUUUGAUGUCGCCGAACUCGAACGGCUACGACGUGAGGCUGUUCCCUCAUCGGAUGAAAAUGCUACGGCUGGGGAUGCAGCGCCACAAAUGAUAAAGCAACCCGCAAACAUGGAUGCCGCCGUGAAUACCCCAGUUGUGGUUGAUUCAAACGAUGAUGGAACAGUCGCCCAGGAACUGGAAUUAGAGCAUAUGAGGAGUACAAUGGAAGAGGCGAUUUUGGAAACGCGCAGUGCGCCUCUCGAAAAUCGACCGCGACUUCCCCGCAUAGCCCUAAGCAAGCGGAAUCGGGCUGUCUUGAGGGCUCUGAACCCAAUGCUGGUGACCUAUUUGGAAGCCAGCCGGGACCUUUUGCGAGACGGACUCAAUUCUUUUUGGCGCCGCGCUGGCAGUCUGCCGUAUCAUAGGCGCCAAGGGUUUCCACGGCUGGACUCGCUACUGGCCAUAGUAGCGCUAUCCCAGCAUGGAGAAGAAGAAUUGAGGAACGUAUCGCAAAGGCUGGAGCUCUCAUAA